UCCCACGGGAAUUGAAUGGAGGAGGGUGUGUCUGUGUUCAAUAUUAUUAGACAUUCACAUUCAUGGACAUAUAUUAUGGACAAGCAAUAGGCCACCUUGGACUCUCCUCCUCUGCUUUUGCAUUUGCCUUAUUGCCUUCCCUGGCUCUUCGCGCGUCCUAUCGCCUACACGUUUUUCUCUCCUUCUCUCACUCUUUUCUUCUGUCUUUCAUCAAACACAAACAUAACUCUCUCUCUCUCUCUCGCUGAAGAAAAUCCAAGCUUGCUCAAAAAGAAUGAGAAAGUCCUUCAAUUUCAGCUUUGUUUUCUGAGAUUCCAUAAGAUUGUUAAUUCCAUGCUGACUUGUCGAAAGUUAUGGCUAUUUGAAAAUUGAGAUAUAUGAUUUUGUUUCUGGGAAAUCGGUGUUAAGCUUUAUGCACUGGGACUUCGGCACAAACAAAAAAAGGGAAGAUGUCUGGCUUUGAGGGAGUUAUUGUUUCUGAUACAUGGCUGCAGAGCCAAUUCACUCAAGUCGAGCUUCGGACCCUGAAAUCAAGAUAUCUUUCAAUAAGGAAUCAGUCUGGUCGCGUCAUUGUGGGAGAUUUGCCGCCUGUUUUUGCAAAACUGAAGGCUUUCACCGAAAUGUUCACCGAAGAUGAGGUUAAAGGUAUCUUAUUGGAGUCGAACAAGGACAAUGGAGAAGAAAUUGAUUUUGAGUCCUAUCUUCGGGCAUAUUUGAAUUUGCAAGCCCGUGCAACAGCAAAAUCUGGUGGUUCGAAAUCUUCAUUUCUCAAGGCAACCACAACAACUGUUCACCACGCGAUUAAUGAAUCUGAGAAGUCUUCUUAUGUUGCCCACAUUAACAGCUACCUGGCAGAAGAUUCAUUCUUGAAGAAGUUUCUUCCAUUAGAUCCAUCUACAAAUUCUUUAUUUGAUCUGGCAAAAGGUGGAGUACUACUUUGUAAGCUUAUCAAUGUAGCUGUUCCCGGGACUAUAGAUGAGCGAGCUAUCAAUACUAAAACUUCCCUUAAUCCAUGGGAGAGGAAUGAGAACCAUACCCUUUGUCUUAAUUCUGCAAAGGCUAUUGGCUGCACUGUAGUUAACAUUGGCACACAGGAUUUGGUUGAAGCUAGACCCUAUCUAGUACUUGGCUUGAUUUCUCAAAUAAUCAAGAUUCAACUGUUAGCUGAUCUCAAUCUGAAGAAAACUCCACAACUUGUGGAGUUGGUGGAUGACAGCAAGGAUGUGGAGGAGCUCUUGGGUCUACCACCUGAGAAGGUUCUACUGAAAUGGAUGAAUUUUCAUUUGAAGAAAGCUGGCUAUGAAAAACAAGUUACAAACUUCUCUUCUGAUGUGAAGGAUGGAGAGGCUUAUGCUUACCUGCUUAAUGCUCUUGCACCAGAGCACUCAGGCCCUGCCGCCUUGGAUAAGAAGGAUCCUACAGAAAGAGCAAACCUUGUUCUUGAGCAAGCAGAGAAAUUGGAUUGCAAAAGAUACCUCACUCCUAAAGACAUUGUUGAGGGCUCACCAAAUCUUAAUCUUGCGUUUGUUGCACAAAUUUUCCAUCACAGAAAUGGCUUGACUACUGACAGUAAAAAAAUGUCCUUUGCUGAGAUGAUGACAGAUGAUGCCGAGACUUCUCGGGAAGAGAGAUGCUUCCGACUGUGGAUUAACAGUCUUGGAACUGCUACCUAUGUCAAUAAUCUUUUUGAAGAUGUCAGAAAUGGAUGGGUUCUUUUAGAAGUUCUUGACAAAAUUUCUUCGGGAGCAGUCAACUGGAAAAAGGCAACAAAGCCGCCGAUAAAAAUGCCAUUUAGAAAAGUUGAGAAUUGCAACCAAGUUAUUGAGAUUGGGAAGGAAUUAAAUUUCUCCCUUGUGAAUGUAGCAGGGAAUGAUAUUGUGCAAGGAAAUAAGAAGCUCAUACUGGCAUAUUUAUGGCAGUUGAUGAGGUUUAGUAUGCUUCAACUCUUGAAAAACUUGAGAUUACACUCCCAAGGUAAAGCAGGAAAAGAGAUUACUGAUGCAGACAUUCUAAAUUGGGCAAACAAAAAAGUUAAGAAGGCAGGUAGAACCUCCCAAAUGGACAGUUUCAAGGAUAGAAACCUUUCAAGUGGAGUUUUCCUCCUCGAGCUUCUUAGUGCUGUGGAGCCAAGGGUGGUUAAUUGGAGUCUUGCCACAAAGGGGGAAACUGAGGAAGAUAAGAAAUUGAAUGCAACAUAUAUAAUCAGUGUCGCCCGAAAGCUUGGUUGCUCCAUUUUCUUGUUACCAGAGGACAUUAUUGAGGUAAACCAGAAGAUGAUCCUUACUUUGACUGCAAGCAUCAUGUACUGGAGUCUGCAGCAACCAGAAGGUGAAUCAGAAUCAAACCUUAACAGUCCUGAUGGCUCCCCUACAGCUUCCGCUGAUGGUGAAACUGGUUUGGCUAGUGCAGUGUCCAAGUUGUCUAUGGAUAGAGCUGCUUCAGAUAAUGCUACCUCCCCACAGAUAGAGAAUGAGAAUCCCUCAAAGGUCGAAAAUGAGCAAUCUUCUCUAGAAAAUGAAAAAAAUGACCCUUCUGAUGGAAAAUGACAGGAUAUACUUAUUUAUUUAUUUAUUUAUUUAUUUAUUCUUUUUCUAGAGAACAGGAAUAAGAGGAACUUGAUUUCUGUUAUCAGUUCUCUUGCUCAUGCAAAGGGAAAGUGCUCAAUUUUAAUGGGCUUGUAAACCACAGGGUCUUGUAAAUUUUUGUUAGAGAUUAUUGUACCUAGGUAUAUUCUUUUAAUGGGUAUUGCAUUAUUUUUGCUGAAUAAUGCGAAGGGAGAAAAA